AUGUCUGGUUUGAUGGUCAGAGGGCUGCUCUACUUGUCUCUGACGGCGAUCGGGCUGCCGGGGAACGUGGCCGUGAUUGCCGCCUUCCUGCUGGCGUACCACCAGGAGCGCCGUCUCCUCCCCGCCGACGCCAUCGUGCUCCACCUGGCCUGCGCCAACCUGCUGGUGGUGGGGGUCCGCUGCCUGCUGGAGGUCCUCGCCUCCUUCAGCCUGGCCAACGUCUUCAGCGACACGGGCUGCAAGGCGGUCAUCUACGUGUAUCGCACGUCCCGCUCGCUCUCCAUCUGGCUCACCUUCAUCCUGAGCGCCUACCAGUGCCUCAGCAUCGCCCCGCCGGGCUCCCGCUGGGCGUCGGCCCGCGACCUCUUCGCCCGCCACCUGGCGCUGACCUUCGUCACCGUGUGGGUCAUCAACACGGUCAUGAGCUCGCCCUCCGUCAUGUUCGCCCUGGGCUCCAACAAGAACUCCACCGCCAUGCAGUACAGCAUCAACGUGGAGUUCUGCUUUGUGCGUUUCCCCUCCAUCGACGCCCGCGACGCCAACGGCGCCGCCCAGGUGACCAGGGACGCCGUGCCCAUGAUCCUCAUGACCCUGGCCAGCCUCAUCAUCCUGGUGUUCCUCUACCGCCACAGCCAGCAGGUCAAAGGGCUCCGCGGCGGUGGCGGGGGAGGGGCGGAGCAGCGAGCCGCCAAGGCCGUGGUCACCUUGGUUACCGUGUACGUGCUGUUCUACGGGGUGGACAAUGGGCUGUGGGUGUACACUCUGACGGUGAGGCAGACCAUGACCUCCUCAGUCAUCUCCGACCUGCGCAUCUUCUUCUCCUCGCUGUACGCGGCGCUCAGCCCCAUGGUCAUCAUCGCCUCCAACAGGAAGGUGAAGAACCAGCUGAGCUGCCGGGCCCAGGAGAAGGCCACACUGGAGAAAGCCACCACGCUCUCCACCAUGUGAAGGCCCAGUCGGAGUGUUCUUGCUUCCCGCAGAUGUAGGUGGGUGUAGCUGAGUGGUAGUGAAUUUGACUGUAGAUCAAG